GUUGCCGACUGGGCCGGCGGUUGAUCUCUCGCUCCCGGAGCAGCGCGUCCUGUCGCUCAGUGAAAGCGGCGCCAACAUGAAGGGCAACGUGAGGAUAUUACUGGUGGGAGAACCUAAAGUUGGCAAAACGUCGCUGAUCAUGUCCUUGGUCAGCGAGGAGUUUCCUGAGCAGGUGCCGGCACGUGCUGAGGAAAUCACCAUCCCUGGAGACGUCACGCCAGAGAGGAUUCCCACUCACAUCAUUGACUACUCGGCAUCGGAGCAGACAGAGGAUGAGCUGCAGGAUGAGAUUAACCGGGCAAAUGUGGUCUGUGUUGUGUAUGAUGUAAACCAGGAGAGCACCAUUGAGAAGAUCCAGAGUAAAUGGAUUCCUUUGGUCAAUGGCGGCUGUGAAAGAGAGAACAGGAUCCCAGUGAUCCUGGUGGGUAACAAAUCUGACCUGCAGGAAACCAGCUCCAUGGAAAUGAUCCUUCCCAUCAUGAACCAGUUCACUGAAAUCGAGACGUGUGUAGAGUGUUCAGCUAAGAACCUGAAGAAUAUUUCCGAGCUGUUCUUCUACGCACAGAAGGCUGUGUUGCACCCGACGGCUCCACUGUACAGCCCGGAGGAGAAACAGUUGAAGCCUCUGUGCGUUCAAGCCCUGACCCGGAUCUUCAACAUCUCCGACCAGGAUAAUGACGGAAUCCUUAAUGACGUGGAGAUGAACUUCUUUCAGAAAUACUGUUUCAGGAAUCCGCUCUCAGCACAAGCUUUAGAAGAUGUUAAAACAGUCGUCUGGAAAAACACGACUGAUGGAAUCCGUGACGAUGGACUGACUUUAAAUGGUUUCCUGUUCUUGAACACGUUGUUCGUCCAGAGAGGUAGGCACGAGACCACCUGGACUGUCCUUCGCAAGUUUGGCUAUGACGAUAACCUGGAGAUGACCGAUGACUAUCUCCAUCCACCGCUGCGAGUUCUUUACCACUGCACAACUGAGCUGAACCAGCGCACCUACCUGUUUCUCCAGCGUGUCUUCGAGAAGUACGAUGCAGAUAACGACGGCGUCCUCUCUCCCAUUGAGCUGAAGAACUUGUUCAGCGUGUUCCCGUACUUCCCCUGGGGUCCGGAGGUCUUUAACACGGUGUGCACGGAUGAGAGGGGCUGGGUCACUCUCCACGGCUACCUCUGCCACUGGACGUUCACGGCCUACCUAGAUGUUCACCGCUGCAUUGAAUACCUGGGAUACCUGGGCUACACCACCAUUAUGGAGCAAGAAUCACAAACUGCAGCCAUCACAGUGACUCGAGCAAAGAAACUGGACUUGGAGAAAGGUCAGACGCAGAGAAAUGUGUUCCUGUGCAAAGUGAUCGGACCCAAGGGCACUGGGAAAACUGCCUUCUUGCAGGCCUUCCUGGGACGCAGCUUGCAGAUGCAGAGUGAGAUGGGUGCAGAUCUCUGCGACUUUACAAUCAACACAGUGCAAGUCAACAGCCAGGACAAGUAUUUAAUUCUGCAUGAGGUGGAUGUGGACUGUGAGUUUCUCAAAGCCUCCAAUGCCACCUGCGACGUUGCCUGUCUGAUGUACGAUAUCACGGAUGCCAAGUCCUUCAACUACUGCGCCAGCAUUUACAAGGAACACUACAUGGAGAGCCGCAUCCCCUGUGUCUUUGUGGCGUCGAAGGUGGACCUGCCGGAGCAGAAGCAGGAGCACGGAAUCACACCACUGCAGUUCUGCUACAAACACCGCCUGCCGCCUCCCUUCCACUUCAGCUGCUGCAGUGACAGCGCAGCCAGCUCGCCCAUCUACUCCCGCCUGGCCCUGGUCGCCUCCUUCCCCCACCUGAACGAUGCCGAGCUCAGCACCUCCUCCCUCUGUCUGCGGGUCACGCUGGGAGCCGCCGUGACCGCCCUCCUCGCGUUCGCCCUCUACAGAGCACUGGCCAGGCACAAGUAGAGGGGCUGAGUGGCAGCAGCGAGGGGCCGAGCAGUGCGGGGACAGUGUUCCAGGAGCGGGGACACUGAGGAUAAACCAAGUGAGGCGCCGAGCCGCCUGAUGGGGCAAAGCCACAGGAGUGACCCUGUCCAGCAGCCAGGGCAGGCCAGGCAAUUCACUCUCUCACUUCCCCACCACACACAGGACUGAGGCUUACUCUCUACUCACCCUCAGCACUGAGGUUAAUGCUCCCCACCUUAGAUACAACUUUAAUAAGUUCUUGGAGCAGAAUUAGGCCAUUCGGCCCAACAAAUCUACUCCACCGUUCAAUAUUGGCUGAUCUAUCUUUCCAUCUCAACCCCCAUUCUUCUGCCUUCUCCCUGUAACCGUAGCAUAAGUGCGGUUAAUCCUCCCCCACCACAGAUGGAAGUGGUUAACUCUCGCCCACCACUCUCGGGAGUGAGAUUCACUCUUUCCUUCCCCAUUCUCGGGAGUGACAUUAACUUUUUCCCUCCCCACCCUGGGAGUGAGGUUAACUCUCCCCCACCGCAGGCUCCGGGUCAGACUGCGGGGGACCUGUCUUUUGUACAACACUCUCAGACUGUACACUGGUGGUGCAGUCCUCAUUAGUGUCAGGGCUCCUCAGGGACAUGGCAGAAACCAAAUGUUUCUUACACUAUUUUUAUACAAGAGUUUGCAUCUGUAAGUAAAGAUGCAGGGUAAUAAAUUGCAGGAUAUUUUUCCACAUCAGUAACACUGAAGGGGGUUUGUGUCUUUACACUUUAUAGAGAUAAAGUGUAGAAACAGGCCCUUCAUCCGACCCAUCAGUGAUCACCCCAUACACUAGCGCUAUCCUACACACUCAGGACAAUUGACAGUUUUUACCAAAGGCAAUUAACCUAUAGACCUGUAUGUCUUUGGAAUGUGGGAGGAAACUGAAGCACCCGGAGAAAACCCACGCAGUCGCAUGGUGAACAUGCAAAUCCGUACAGACAUCAUCCGUAGUCAGGAUCGAACCCAGGUCUCUGGCGCUAUAAGGCAGCAACUCUAUGGCUGUGCAACUGUGCUGCCCUUUUUCCUGUCUUUUUCCAUGUUGCCGCUAUGGGCUCAGGGAGCAGGUGGCCCAAUGUUCCAGGGAGAGUGACCUGCUGGAUCCUGGGGCCCGCACCCAACCUUUACCUUUGUUAAUGACUCUCACAUGCUCAGUCCAUGGGAAACCAGAUUACAUGGCAGAACCCUUAAGCAGAGACAGAACAUGAUCUGGGUUGCUGUUGUUCGAACCCACCCACCCAACCUGCAUGCACCGUGUCUUGAGUCCUGCGUUUGUAGGUUAAUCGGCCUAUCUGUGCAGUUUGCACGUUCUCCCUGUGACCAUUUGGGUUUCCUCCCACAUCCCAAAGAUGUGCAGGUUUGUAGGUUAAUUGUAAAUUGCCCCGUGUGUGGAUGAGAAAGUGGGAUAACAUAGAACUAGUGUGAACGGGUGAUCGUUGGUCGGCAUGGUCUCUGUGGGCAGAAGGGCCUGUUUCUAUCUUGUGUCUUUUGAGCACAUGAGCAAGACAUUUACUUCAAGUCGUGGUGCUGCGGUCUGUCCUGCUUUACCCAUUUAUCUCCUUCACCAGCGACCGUUUCUGAAUCUCCACAGAGAUGUUAACAGUGGGACCUGCAACAGGAGAUCGACAGCGGCAAUCACCCCCCCCCCCCCCCCCCCCCCCCCCCGAAGUAAGCUGCUGUUCCCAGCGGGUUGGUUUGGUUCAGUAAAUGUGUCACCAACUGACGGGAGGAGACACCAUCUAGGGCAGGAGUCACUCACUAAAUACCCCUGUGGACCUACAGUACUUUUUAAGAAAUUAUUUUUCUAACUACAGUGGGUUGAACUAUCCUAGAGUGUACAUUUUGGAUGAAAUAGGUAUUAAUAUAUAAAAUAGUAGUGAUCCAGGCUUCCACGCUCUCACCAGUGUCCGAGCGUUCUGAUUGCUGCUGCUUCCUGCUACUAACCCUUAGAGGGCAGAGUGGCCUUCAGCUCGAAUACUGCCGGACACAUUCUUCCAAACAGAAAGCAGCACAGCACAGGCCCUUCGGCCCACAAUGUCUGUGCUGAAUAUCAUGCCCACGUUAAACCAAUCUCCACCUGCACAUGAUCCAUAUCUAUGUGUGUAUCUCAAAGCCUCUUAAACACCACUAUCGUGACUACCUCCACCAUCCCUGGCAGCGUUUCCAGGCACCCACCACUCUGCAAUAUUCAUGUGUCUGUCUAUAAGUCAACCUGAGGAUUGAGCUGAGGGCAUCAGCUGGGCCUGUGACCCGCUCCCUUCCCACCAAACGUGCCUCGACCCUCAGCAACCCCUCAGUUUCCGCUUGGCCAACUGGCGACUGCCAUUCGCCGCUGGAACACUCGGUGGGAGUGAAGGGAGAAAGUUGGCUUUGCUCGGCCAUCGAUGUAGCGGCCCCUGUGACUGGCGGCAGAGAACUUGCAAGGGGGUGAACAGAAGCCCAGAGCCCGUCUGCAGGUAGGCAGCUGGAGGGGGAAGAGCUGUAUUAUUGAAGCUGGCACUCUCACCUCCUGUCAGAGUGGCAACUUCCUUGAACAUUUCUGUGUGUUUCAAUAGACUUUAUGCACCUGUCAAUGGAAAUAUAAAUAUAUUUUUCAAUUUUC